AAGAACAAGAAGCAGAAGAAGGACGACGAAGAAGAAACAUUGGUGGAUUAUAGUUGCCGAUGUUCCAGAGGAGGGCAGUAAAGUGUUUGGCUAACUGAUUCUAACUUAAAGCUGUGUCUGCUUCAUACAUUGUAUAUUAAAGGUCUCAUUCUGCAAAAGGUAACAACGGUUCUAGCUAAAGUCUAAAACCAACGACACAUUUCCGCUGACUGUAAACAACACACCGGGCUGCUCUUUGUCAGCGCAGUGUUACUCUGAAGAUGACCUCCAAGAAAGUGAUCGAGCUGUUCUACGAUGUGGUUUCUCCAUACUCUUGGCUUGGCUUUGAGGUCAUGUGUCGCUACAGAAACGUGUGGAACAUAGAGCUCAAGCUGCGCCCUGCAUUUCUGGGUGGCAUCAUGCAAGGAUCAGGAAACAAGCCUCCUGGUGUGGUUCCAAACAAAUUCAUGUACAUGAACAAGGAUCUGGACCGCUUGGCAAAGUACUUUGAUGUUCCCUUGCAGAUUCCAUCCGACCCCUUUGAAGUCAUGUUCAACAAAGGCUCCUUGCCUGCAAUGAGGUUUGUGGCCGCGGUACAUGCAAAGGAAAAGGUUGGAGACAAGCAGGUAGAGCAGGUGUCCCGGGAGCUGUGGAGAAGAAUCUGGAGUGAGGACAAAGACAUUACUGAGCCUGCAUCUCUGUCUGAGGCAGCGAUGAAAGCAGGUCUGUCUGACAGUGAAAUUAAAGAUGUGCUGAAGCUGGCCACCUCAAAGGAGAUCAAAGACAACCUGAAAAAAACAACACAGGAUGCACUCGAUGUGGGGGCGUUUGGCUUCCCCCUCUUGGUGUGUCAUGUUGAUGGAAAGCCAGAGAUUUUUUUUGGAUCUGACAGAUUUGAACUCAUGGCCCACUGCAUUGGAGAGAAGUGGCUGGGACCUCAGCCUGGAAAAUAAGCUGUCAAGCUGUGAGAUGAAAGCUGUCUUCAAAUACAUACUCAAAGGUUCUUGAAUUUGUAUCUCAAUUUAAUGAUGUCUUUCAUUUUCUAAUAAUAACUGUUCAAAAUGUAUAUUUUGUCUGCUGUGCCUUCUGAAACCAAUCAACAGAGCAAACCCAUAACAAAUAAAUAGUGUAAAUGAAAUAACACAUCAAUGUACUGUUUAAUAUGCCAAUU